GCCAGUUCAGACGAGAAUAGCGGAUGUUACUCACGCAUUUGGUUUUGGACCAACAUGAGUUUGUCCUUGAUUUAUAUUCUCAUUGCCUCCUCUUUCCUUUCUCUAUGUUUUCUCUCGAGUUUUCAAUAACCCACUGGUCAUCCACCUGCCUCUCCAAACCAAAGAAACCAAAAUGAAGCUCUCCCUCAUCACCUUCACCUCCCUCUUCACCCUGGCCCUAAGCCAGGAAAUCUACCCCAGCAUCCCCGAAAGAGAUAGCUGCGUCGCCAGAUGCAACAUGGGCGAUUUCUGCUGUGUCGCCCAAUGCCAGGACCUCCUCUGCGGCAACAUUCACAGCACCAACGACGCCAUCCGCUGCAUGACCGGCUGUCCGAUUGGAGUCGGGACACCAGAACAAGUCGUCGCUCUAUCCAGAUGUCGCGAGGACUGCAUCUUGAACAACUACUCCUCAUCCUCGACUAGUACUGCUAGCUCGACAUAUUCCAGCACGAGUACCUACAGUUCUAGUACAAGCACAAGCACGUCCACCGGUGCAGCUAGCACCACCACUUCCUCGUCUGCCAGCGCGGAGACUAGUAGCAGCACUAGUACGAGUACGAGUACGACUAUUAUUACGCCUACAGCUACUGAUCCUGGGUCUGAGCCUGAGAAGACUUCGAAUGCGGCUGCGGUUAAUAACUUGCAGUUCGGUGCGCCUGCGACUGGUUUUGUUGGAUUUUUACUGGCUUUCUUGAUGUAGGCCGGCGUAUUGUUGAUGUUCUGGGUUGGGGAUUUUGGUUUUGUUGCAAUAGCAUGAGCUGGUUUUGGUUUCUUCUUUUUUCGUUGCAAAUGAGUUAUAUAUCCCAAUGCUGUUUGUCUUAUUGUGAUUUCCUAGUUAUAUAUUCAAACGAUUGACGUUUGUGAAUUGCGGUGUAGCAUACGGGCUCCGUAUUAAGUAGUAUCUCGAGAUAGUAGUCCACAAGAUGUCCACCACCCCUGCGACAUCCUGUCAACCUC